AGGGGGGUGGGUGAGGGAGCGGGCGGAGGAGGAAGUGUCAUGGCGUCGGGCCGUGGAGCUUCUUCUCGCUGGUUCUUUACUCGAGAACAGCUGGAGAACACGCCGAGCCGCCGCUGCGGAGUGGAGGCAGAUAAAGAGCUCUCGUACCGCCAGCAGGCGGCCAACCUCAUCCAGGAAAUGGGACAGCGUCUCAAUGUCUCUCAGCUUACGAUAAACACUGCGAUUGUUUAUAUGCACAGGUUUUAUAUGCACCAUUCUUUCACCAAAUUCAAUAGAUAUACAAUAUCACCUACCGCGUUAUUUUUGGCUGCAAAAGUAGAAGAACAGGCUCGAAAACUUGAACAUGUUAUCAAAGUAGCACAUGCUUGUCUUCAUCCCCUAGAGCCACUGCUGGAUACAAAAUGCGAUGCUUACCUACAGCAGACUCAAGAACUGGUUUUACUUGAAACCAUAAUGCUACAAACCCUAGGUUUUGAGAUCACCAUUGAACAUCCACACACAGAUGUGGUGAAAUGUACCCAGUUAGUAAGAGCAAGCAAGGAUUUGGCACAGACAUCCUAUUUCAUGGCUACCAACAGUCUGCAUCUUACAACCUUCUGUCUUCAGUACAAACCAACAGUGAUAGCAUGUGUAUGCAUUCAUUUGGCUUGCAAAUGGUCCAAUUGGGAGAUUCCUGUGUCAACUGAUGGAAAACAUUGGUGGGAAUAUGUGGAUCCUACAGUUACUCUGGAAUUAUUAGAUGAGCUAACUCAUGAAUUUCUACAAAUACUGGAGAAAACGCCUAGUAGGUUGAAGAAGAUUCGAAACUGGCGGGCUACUCAGACGGUUAAGAAACCAAAAGUAGAUGGACAAGUAUCAGAAACGCCACUUCUUGGUUCAUCUCUGGUCCAGAAUUCCAUUUUAGUAGAUAGUGUUACUGGUGUGCCUACAAAUCCAAGUUUUCAGAAACCAUCUACAUCAGCAUUCCCUGCACCAGUACCUCUAAAUUCGGGAAAUAUUUCCGUUCAAGACAGCCAUACAUCUGAUAAUUUGUCAAUGCUAGCAACAGGAAUGCCAGGUACCUCAUAUGGUUUGUCAUCACACCAAGAAUGGCCUCAACAUCAAGAGUCAGCAAGGACAGAACAGAUAUAUUCUCAAAAACAGGAGACAUCUUUGUCUGGUAGCCAGUACAACAUCAACUUCCAGCAGGGACCAUCUAUAUCAAUGCAUUCAGGAUUACAUCACAGACCUGACAAAAUUUCUGAUCAUUCUUCUAUUAAGCAAGAUUAUACUCAUAAAGCAGGGAGCAGUAAACACCAUGGGCCAAUUUCUGCUACUUCUGGAGUAAUUCCUCAGAAAAUGUCUUUAGAUAAAUAUAGAGAAAAACGUAAGCUAGAAACCCUUGAUCUGGAUGUAAGGGAUCAUUAUAUAGCUGCCCAGGUAGAACAGCAACACAAACAUGGACAAUCGCAGGCAGCCAGCAGCAGUUCUGUAACUUCUCCCAUUAAAAUGAAAAUUCCCAUUACAAAUGCUGAAAAACCUGAAAAAUAUAUGGCUGAUAAGAAAGAAAAGAGUGGAUCACUGAAGUUACGGAUUCCGAUACCACCUACUGAUAAAAGCAUCAGUAAAGAAGAACUGAAAAUGAAGAUAAAAGUUUCUUCCUCAGAAAGACACAGCUCUUCUGAUGAAGGCAGUGGGAAGAGCAAGCAUUCAAGCCCACAUAUUAGCAGGGACCAUAAGGAGAAGCACAAGGAGCAUCCCUCGAACCGCCACCACCCCAGUAGUCACAAGCAUUCGCACUCAUAUAGUGGCAGCAGCAGUGGUGGCAGCAAACACAGUGCUGAUGGAAUACCACCCACUGUUUUGAGGAGUCCUGUGGGCCUGAGCAGUGAUGGCAUUUCCUCUAGUUCCACCUCUUCGAGGAAGAAGCUGCAUAUCAAUGAUGCCUCUCACAACCAUCACUCCAAAAUGAGCAAAAGUUCCAAAAGUUCAGGUAGUUCAUCUAGUUCUUCCUCCUCUGUUAAGCAGUAUAUAUCCUCUCACAACUCUGUUUUUAACCAUCCCUUACCCCCUCCUCCCCCUGUCACAUACCAGGUGGGCUACGGACAUCUCAGCACCCUCGUGAAACUGGACAAGAAGCCAGUGGAGACCAACGGUCCUGAUGUCAAUCACGAGUACAGUACAAACAGCCAGCAUAUGGACUACAAAGACACAUUCGACAUGCUGGACUCGCUGUUAAGUGCCCAAGGAAUGAACAUGUAAUCAUUUGUUUAGGUCAAUUUUUCCUUUACUUUUUUAAUUUAAAAAUUGUUAGAAUGGAAAACUUCCUCCUGAUCUAGCAGUGGUAACACCUGCUGUUGCUGCCACUGCUUCAAUAUUUGUAAGUGCUGCUUUAUUCUUCAUUCUGAAAAGAAGAGAUGAUAGUAAACAAGUCUUUAUCUCCACAUAUGAUAGUGUUAUAAAUACUGUAAAAGCAUGGAAGGUGCAAAACUCAGUAUUUCUACAAUUGCAGCUAAGAACAUUAGGGUGAAUGGCUGGCUGCUUCUAGGAAUAUAAGAUGCCUCAAGCAUUUAUUAUUUAUAAUUUGAAUACUGUAGCUAUUUUUUUUGUUGCUUGGCUUUUGAAUGAGUGUAAAUUGUUUUCUUCUGUGUAUUUAUACUUGUAUGUAUGAUUUGCAUGUUUCAAUGAUAAAGGGAUAAAACAGUAUACUGACAACUGUUUACAAGAAAGUGGAGAAAAAUGUACAUACAUUUUUGUAUGUUUAGAUAUUACCAUAAAUACUCAGGAUUGGAGCUGCUUGUAAGUAUAACAAUAUACAGAAUAACUUUAUUUUAUCUUGUCAGAGUCCAUCACUAAUCUAAAACAAAGGUGGCACUUUUUCAUGUUAACCUUAAACUCUAGGCCUUACUGGAAGCCACUGAAGGGGUACACUUCACUACCAGAUGGGUAUGCAGUGCCACAGAUGGUCAUUUUCACUGUGAGGCACUGAUUCUGCCUUCAGAGGUUCUGACCAGAUUGGCUGCUGAAAUAGCCCCUGAUUUUCUGAAGGCUUGAAGAGAACAAAAAUAAAGUUUACAUACUCUUGAUGUGAAGUGCAUUUAAAUGUUUGUUGGCUUGUUGCAGUACUAUAAACACGGAGCUGUUAAUAAUGGUUAUGUAGAUUACUGUGAUUUGAAAACUAAAUUCACAAAAACUUACAUUAGUGAAGAAUUAGUAAGUUUUUUCUUAAAUAACUUUAACACUACAUAUAUUUUAACCGUAAACGGGAAUCGCUUUUCCUUUAGCAUUCAGAAUGACACCAUAUUCUUAAACAUAUUCCUCCCCUGAAGCGUGUAUGUGUGUGAUGCCAUAUUUCUUUUUCAGGUAAAUGCAGUCUUCCUUAUAAAAAUGAAAUUAAACCUAUUGCUCUCUCAGUUCUUUCAUAUUCUAACAAUAAAUAAAACAAAAAAGAUCACUGACUGUGCAUUGUACCUGUAUAUUAUAGCUUAUGGUUGUUACCAGGAAGCUCUCUGAGAAAAAAAAGGUAAGCCUCCAGGUAAACAGCUAGUGGAGGUUUUACAUUUGUUUGCACAUCUCAGUAUAUUCUGUUGAGGUCAAGUUUGCACAGUCUUCUGACUUCUGAACAAACGAUAGAAUUUAAUUGUUUAAAAUUUGUCUUAAAUGCCAGUAAUAUGGCUCUGGAUUAUCAGCUAAUCUUCAAUUCUGUGGUAAAUCUUUGAGCUAUUGAGUAUCUUUGAGAUGGGUUGAAUUCAACUUACAUUCAACUGAAAACUGUCUUAAUCUUUCCUCUAUGUGUAUGAAUUAUUUUUGUUACAAAGCCACUGAUAUGUGCACAAUUGUAAUUUUACUCAAGUAUGUUGCAGUUGUAAAUAUUAGAGAGUUUAAUCUCUUGCUCUACUUUUAAUUUAGCAAUUACCUGAUUUGCCAGUAGCGUUUUAAUUUUUUUUAAGAUAAUUGUUCAUUAUUUUGUCAAUGUUAUUUGAAUUUAGGAUACUAGGAGCCUCUUUCUAGGGACUUUGCCUAGCUAGCAUGUCCUAACUUUGUUCUUGUCUUGCAUAACUUUAGUAAUCUUUGUCAUUACAUGUAACUUUGUUGCUCUGUAUGGCAUAUUAUUGUAUCCAUAAACGUGGUAAUUUUGAUACAGUUAUACUUUUUACAGUGGUACAUAAUCCAAGGACUAGUAUAGAAUUAAGAUGAGUGCAAGAUGAGGGAGGGAAGGGUUUUCUUCUUGGUAAUUUAGAUGUGAAACCUCUAAGGAGCUAUCAUGUGAAACGACAUAGGGUUGUUGUGCUACUGUAUAAUUGGGGGUGAUGAUACCAAGAAUUUUAAUAAGAUUUUGUAAAGAAUAUCCAGAAAAGUAGUGAGCUUAUUUUCAGUAUGACAUAGAAGAACAAUGUGAAUAUUUAAGGUCUGUGACUAUACUUAAACUUCACUAAGAAUUUCAGAAUUGUUUUGAGAUGUGAGAAUAAAGGUAAUUUUGUUGAAUCUUUAUUGGUGCUAAUGAUGGACAGUUUAAAAGGUAGCUAGUGUAUAUUGUUAUGGGUCAGUACUUAUUAGUACUUCCAAAAUUGAAUUUGAAAUGCUGUGUAUUCACUUUUCACUCUGUAAAUGUAAUUCUUUACAAUGACUAUUUAUUAAAGGGCAGCCAGUUGUAAUUUUUAUAGGAUUGUGUGACCUAUUCAAACUCUUUAACCUCUGAACAGGAUACUAGCUUCCAAAACAAUGGGGAUAAAUAUGGAAAUUCUUUCAAGCUUCAUUUCCACUAAAUGAGAACCCUUAUAAUUCAUAUUGCCAUGAAUUUAACCAUCUCAUUUGCAUAAAGUAGUUUCAUCAGCCUGGUCCCAAUAGGCUCAACCAAAGAAAAAGACUCCCAUGAAUGGACAUUAUUACUGAGUCUUCUUGUAAGUAGCCAUAAAUAAACCAAAAUAGUAUCAAAUUUAGGUAUAAAAUUCCACAUGUGCAAAGUACUGUUAAGGUGAUACAUUUUUGAUGAGUUUUUUUUUAAUAUUUGAACUAUUAAAAAGCAUUAUCUUUAAACAUCCUAUAAAAGAGUGAUUCAUUUUUUAGUUGUGCUUUCCCUAGAUCAUAGAUUUGUUACCUUUAUGCAGAAGCACAUUACAUAGAAAGGCUUUACUUCUACCUCUUUCAACUAAUUUUCCAGUAUUGAGCUGUGCCCUCUAAAUAUUUGCCUUAGCUGUUUUAAAAUACAAUAUUUUCAGAACCAAAGCAAAGGAGUGUUUUUUUUUUUUUCAAAGAAACAUUCUCAAGGUCUACUUUACCAAAAACAAAAACAAACAAAAAAAACAUGGUAGUAUCUAGUGUUAAGACCUUACAAAAUGUUCUUUUAUCUUGUUUAACCUGAGGUUCAUUUUUGUUACAGGUAUUUAAAUACUUUGAAGUCAUAUCGUUACCCCUGCGUUUAUCUUUGAAAGCAGGAAAAGUACCUUUGAUCUUCUGUGUAUGCAGAUUCAUUCCAGUUAGAGUUCUUAAGAGUCAAAGAAAAUUUCUACCGUGGUGAUAGUUGGAUUUCAUUGGGAAUGUCAUGAGGGGUACUCACAUUACUUAGUACCAACAGAUUAUAAUUAUGUAGGAUUCCUUACUUGUCUGGCCUGUCUAUCCUCUUUGAUCUAAAGAAAUGACUAGUUGAGGUCUACUUCAGAUAACCAAAUUUGAGGUGUUCUGUUAGUUACCAAAUGUCUUACCUUAAAAGCAUUUAAGCAUUUUUUGGUUAUAUUUGAGAAUUUAAAUUACUAAUUUUUCUUCCUUAACUAAUCUUAGAAAUAAACCACUGCUUAUAUAUGCAAGACUCUAAUAUACUCUCUUAAGUACCUUUGGUUGAUUAGAUAGUUUAGGGUUUUAUAUUUACUAUGUAAACAAGUAAGGAUUUUUUAAAAUGUGGUAAUCUCUCUAAAGGAAAAUAGUUGUAUUGUCGAUACCUCACCAUUCCCAAAUUUUAUCUAAAUAAAAAAGCAACUGUUUCUCACCUACUACCAUGCUUAAAUGGCUAGAUGAUUUUUAAGAUACCUUUACUGAGAAAAAUUUGAGAGUUUUGUUAUGAAAAAUUCUUAAUUUCAGCAGUCUCCACUUAUUGGAGAGGCAGUAGGAUUCACUAACCACAUUUACCCAGAUGAAGGAUCAACAAAUCCCACAGGUGGGGAAAACUUGGUGAUAAAUGCUAAUCUCUUGGUAGUUUAUGACAGGCUAAGUAGGGAAUUUUGCAUUGGAAGAGCAAUGCAAAAUUUUGCAUUGGAAAAGCACAUUCUAUUCCUGCCCUCCAAGGGUGCCAAGAUAGAGUAGCAGUGAGUUAACUUGAGAAUUCACAGCUGUGUUAAUGAAAUUUGAUUGCUCUAAACUGACACGUAAACCAAAUGAUCAAAAGUUUGCUUGUUUGUAAGAGAAGUCUGCCUCUGAAACAUCUGCUCUCAUUACAAUAGAAAUGAUCUUGCCAGUGGGUCUAGAAUGUUCCAAGUGUCUCAGAUCUGAUACUAUGCAUCUGUUUUUUUAUUCCAUAAUGUUAAUUUGGGCACAGCCAGCUUUUGUUUCUGUGACUCCUCUCGUUCUGUUAAUUUAUUGGUAUGUAUUUUGCCUGAAGUUUCUUAAGGUAGCUUGAUAAGCAAGAUACAUUGAAGGUUGUGUGGCUAGGAGUGAUUCUGGUCUCAUAAAAAUGAAUUAACCUGUUCUCUGUGAUCCAUUCAUCUCAAAUAAAUUCUUACAGCUAAUUUCCUGUAUUUCCAAGUUUGAGGAAGAAGCCUCACUUAAAACUUGUUUAGUAUUUGGUUUAACUUUAUUUGCCUGUUAAGUAAUGAGUACAUUCUUUUUUUAAGUUGUGUUUUUCAAGCAGUUUCACUUAGUUUGAAAGUUUUCACAUGUACUCAUUUGUCAGCAAUAAUUGAGAUUUCAUUUUCUGAAUGUACUCAAAACCCCCAAGGACUAUUGAACAGGAUGUUUGCUGAUAAAAAAUCCAAAACAGGGGUAUGUGUAUAUGGCAUGAAUUCAAUUAGACAUUGAAUUUCAGCUCAGUAUCUAUUACAAGGAAUUAUUAAUAAAGUUUGUUUAUUGACAACAUAAAUCCAAGGCUCUAACAUGUCUUGUUAACUUUCAGUCCCUGGGAGAUGUGGGAAAUAAGGUUUCUUAAUAUAAACAUUAUUACUUAUUUGAGUGACUUCAUAUCCAAGGAGUAUGGCCACUGGGACCAGACUGUCCAAAUCCCCAGUCUCAGCCUCAUCGCUUAGUAGCUGAUGUCCUUGAGUAAAUUACUUGAUUUUGUGCCUUGAUUUCCUAAUCUACAAAAUGUCAGUUUUAGUACCUAUUCAUUGGGUUGUGUGGUUUAAGGCUUGGGUGAUUGAGGAAAGCUAAAUAGAAUAGUUGGCUUUGGAGAGAAUCUUAAAAGUGUAUUAUGGAUAUUGGAGUGGCGAAGGCCAAUCCAAGAGUGAUAAACUUGAGUGUGUAUUAAACACUGCAUGUCUUCAGAA